AAUCAACCAUUACCAGUUACUCCGAGCUCAAUCGGGCUCACCACAACUGCAAUUAUGGCCGGUCAUGGACCACAAUCCGCCACAAUGGACCCGGCGAUGGUCAAAUACAACAACAUGAUGGUCAAUCGAUAUAAGUACUUUCGAUGGACGCCCCGCGCGGCGUGGGUCUCAUUCGUGUACAUGGUUGCCGUACCCACGGCAGUGGGAUACUGGUUUUAUAACACUGAUGGCAAAUACUUCAUCCGUGGAAAGAGACGAGGCGACAUUAUCUCGGAGUACUAGAUGGGUGGAGAGUGAGAACAGAAGGAUGGGAAGGAACCAAACUCAGUGGGAAAAGCUGUUUGGCUCGUACGUCGGAGACACGAAUGCAGAGCGGCCUCGUUGCGAACCGAUUCGCGUGUUGGCGGGAAAUUGUAUAUACUCACGAGCGCCGAAAGAACCACUGUCCAAAUAUCGAUCGAAAAGGUCACAUUUAAAGUAUGAUCGUAUCGUAUGUUCAGCAUCAGUUUUGCAGAGCGAGAGCAGCCAGAAAACCACCUACGCUAUCUCGAAAGCGACGCAACCUUUGUGAUCUCGAGGAACUAAUACGUGGUAGAAACGAG